AGGAGAAUAGAAAUAAGAGACGGGAUGAGAUCAGACGAGAGAUAUACGGAUACGGAGUAUUGAUUGAUCCAUUUGUUCUCGGAAGCAAGUACCAACAAGCACCGGAACAUAUGUAAAGUUACUGAGCCGACAAUUGGUCGGUCGGAGUUUUACAUGAUCAAGUUCCGACCCCGCUUGCCGAAUUUAUCAGUCGCAGCCCGCACCUUCUCAUCUCGCAAGGCUGCCCAGCCAGCCAGCCAGCUCCAACCCGUUAUCCAUUUAUCCAGAGAGUUCGUCAAUCCAAACGACAAAGGAGAAGUUCUCAAGAUGGCAAGCGUAUGUCUCUCAAGACUUCGUACUAAUUUAGGACUGAUCAGAAGUAUAGCAUGGUAUGCCACGGGUUGCAGCGACUCAACAAAAAUCAAUAGCAGUCCAGGAAAAGGAACGCAAGGACAUUGAAGAAUACAAGGCUUUGGUACAGCUGAUUGAGCUCAAGGUAGGUCAAUAUCCAGUUGUUCAGGGCCCUUUUAAUUUUUGUGAAAGAUCGCACAGAAGCAAUAUACGCUCGAGGUACUCGAACUCACUUCCAAACUGCUAUCAAAGAAUCCUGAAUAUUAUACGAUAUGGAACAUCCGCAGGCGUUUGCUAAUCUAUGGAUUAUUCUCGAAAUCAUCGGAAUCGUCAUUGGAAUCGCAGUCCCUAUCUCCUUCUUCUGGGCCUUCCGAGAGCUUGACAUCUGGCGUAAUCUCAUCAUCCUCUACCUCCACAUCUUCAGAGGUCUUGACCACGACCCAGGGCGACCCGCACCACCCGACUCCUGGGAAGAACUCUAGAAUUCUUGGUUUGAUACAAGCAGAUUUGGAGUUUAUAUUUCCCUUGAUGUUGGGCUGGCCGAAAUGUUAUUGGAUAUGGAAUUAUCGAUUGUGGUUACUGAAGCAAGCAAACGACCGUCUGACUGCCGAUAUUGCGAGAGGACUGUGGCAGCGUGAGCUUGUCCUAGUGGGAAAGAUGUUGACAAGAGAUAGUCGAAAUUUCCAUGGUUGGGGAUAUCGACGCACCGUGGUUUCUCAAUUAGAAGAUCCCAACUUAAAUGGUUCAAGCAUGGUCGAAUCGGAAUUCGCAUACACUACAAGAAUGAUCAAUGCCGAGUUGAAAAACUUCUCGGCUUGGCACAACCGGAGUAAACUAAUACCAACGCUGCUUAAUGAAAGGCAAGCCACCGCGACUGAAAGGCGGCAAUUCUUAGAUGACGGUAAUUAUAGCAUUGAAUUAUCACGUUUCCAAGUUAUGCUGACAUUUAUCCAGAAUUUGAUCUUAUUACUAAAGCUAUGUGGAAUGAUGCAUAUCCAUAUGAUCAGUCCGUAUGGUUCUAUCAUCAAUUUCUUAUGUCAAAUCUCACGGAAUCUGUUCGUCAGGCAAGCAUAGCCCCAGACUUCUGUCGAGAAGAUCGUAUUGAAUAUAUCAAGGGACAACUUGUCAAUUUACAAGAUUUCCUUGAUGGGGGUGAAGACUGUAAGUGGGUUUAUGAUGCUUUAUUUGAGUACACAUUAGCUGUAUGUGAAAUGGAGGAGCGUUUGCCUGAACGUGAUGAAAUACAACAUUGCAAGGCUUGGCUUUCAGAAUUGAGGAAGCUUGACCCUAUGAGGGCUGGUAGGUGGGAUGGUCUCGAGGUUUCUUUGCAGAAGGCGAAUGAAUAAUGCACAUUGGUACACCCAAUUAUUUACAAAGAAUGGAUGAUGGGAGCUAAGAAGGCACUCUUACGUCCAAUUUUAUGAUGUAUGAGGAGCCAAUCAUGGAUUUUCAUUCACAUGUUGAAAUUCCCGUUGCAUAAAUUUUAGAAGAAAUAUCGGAACGAAACUACAAUCCACACAGGACUUGAAGCGUGCUCUUUCCGCAAUUCUCCUGGAUAGCCUUCCUGCAAAAAACUCACAUUCUGGCCUCUUUAUGUAGCCUUCUGAGAAAACCUCAUUCAACUGCACAAGGCAUCCGCUAGACUAAGCCGUCGAAGGGAAAAUUACAGUCGUUCUCCUUUUCCGCAAGACCAGCAUCCAUACAUCGCAAUUCUAAACCAAACACACUGGAAUUCCCUCAUUCUUAAUCUGUUGACGAUAGGAACCGUUCCUACGUCUCGCAAGAAAGUCUAGUACCCAAUUGAGAAUUAACCAAACACUAACACUCGACGGAAAAAUACAGAGCACUAACUCCACAGGAUUGAAGCCGAGCAAAUAUCCUAUUCCUUGUGCUAGCAGAAGUAGUGAAGAGCAGAGAGUCUCUGGUCCAUACGAUAUCCAUGAGAAAGUUGAGUGGGUGAAGACGCCGAUUGCGAGUAUGAAGCUGGAAAAUGUGAUGACGUCAUGAGAUGGUUCGAAAUGAAGGUCUAGGGCUUCGAGGAUGGGAGUGGUUAUCUGGGAUUGUUAGGCUGGUGAAUCUGUGGGUCUUGCAAAACUUACUGUGGACAUGGGGAAGCUGGGUGUUUGGAGGUUCCUGCUGUAAUUUAGGCAGAUGAAUGUUGUGCUCAUGAGAAGUGAAGAGCUGGUGUUGAGGAGUGCGAGAAGCAAGAGGAAGAAGGAUGAGAACAAUUUUUGGCGGCAGCCGGUGGUUAGAAUCGAGACACGGAGAUCUUCUGCUCUGUGAUCUAUCUCAUGGCCUGUCAAGCUAUAUUCAAUCGGUGUCUUCUCUGUGAACGGAGAAAGAUUCUCUAAUCGAAAAUGACAUGGAUAAACAUCAUCAUGUAAGCCUAGUGAUUUCCCAUCGUCCACCUUAACUACAGAUAGUGGACUUUCUAUAGGAAAUGCACUUAUU